AUGUAUACAGUAGAGUUUCAAAAACGUGGAUUGCCACACGCGCAUAUUCUUCUAUGGUUGAAACCCCAGUACAAAUUGAUAACCGGAGAGGACAUUGAUAAAUUCAUUUCAGCUGAGCUUCCUGACCCGCAGAUUUAUCCAAAGCUUUACAAGGCCGUUUCCUCUUUCAUGAUCCACGGUCCGUGUGGGGUUAUUGAUCCUAAGUGUGCAUGCAUGGUUGAUGGAAAGUGUUCUAAACACUUUCCCAAAAAAUAUCAGAACUGCACUACCAUUGAUGAUGAUGGUUUCCCAAUUUAUAAGAGAAGGAAGACAGGAAUUACAGUGGCCAAGAAAGGAGUUCCUUUGGAUAAUGGUUUUGUUGUUCCCUACAAUCCUCGACUUUUGAUGAAUUAUCAUGGACAUAUCAACGUGGAGUAUUGCAAUAAAUCAAAUGCAAUAAAGUAUCUAUUUAAAUAUAUCAACAAAGGCAGUGAUAGGGUGAAUGUUCAAAUUUCAAAUGCUGGAAAUGGAGAAUCGAACCAGGAUGAAAUUAAACAGUACUACGAUUGCAGGUAUCUAACUCCAUGUGAGGCAGCAUGGAGGACAUUUAAAUUUGAUAUCCACGAGAGAUGGCCGCCCGUGAAGCGCUUAUCAUUUCAUCUUCCCGGUCAGCAGUGUGUAACUUUCAACGAUGAUGAAGACUUGGAAGGCGUUGUUGAAAAAUGUUCAACUAAAGAUACUCAAUUCUUAGCAUGGAUGAAUGCGAAUAAGCUAUACCCGGAGGGAAGAAGUUUAACGUAUGCUGAAUAUCCGUCUAUGUUUGUUUAUAAGAAAGAUAAGCAAGUAUGGGAGCCAAGAAAGAGAGGUUUCUCCCUUGGUCGUCUUCAAUAUAUCGCUCUAGGCAUGGGCGAGGUAUAUUACAUGAGGAUUCUAUUAACAAAACAGAGGGGUUGUGACAGUUUUGCAAGUUUAAGAACUGUCAAAGGGGUUGUUUAUCCAACAUUCCAAGAUGCGUGCGAUGCUAUGGGAUUAAUGGAAGAUGAGAGGGAGUAUGUUGAUGGGAUUAUUCACAUGAGUGAGAUUGGUUCAGGGUCUUAUUUGAGGCAUUUGUUUGUAACGUUGCUCUCUACAAACGCUAUAGGAAAGCCAAGAGAAGUGUGGGAUAAGACAUGGAGAUUUUUAGCUGACGGCAUUUUGUACCACAGAAGAAGGUUGCUUAAAAUGCCAGAUCUUCAAAUAAAUGAUGAGGAUUUGAUGAACUUAUGUUUGAUUGAGAUAGAGAAGGUGUUGAGAACUAAUGGAAGGUCACUUAAAGAAUGGCCUAGCUUACCUUAUCCAUCAUUUUGUGAGACCUUUCGUUUUGAAAAUCAAUUUGUUGCAGAUGAGCUUAAUUACAACAAGGAUGAAAUGAACGUACAGCAUCAACAAUUGGUCUGUUCCCUAACUUCUGAACAGAAAGGAGCGUAUACCCAGGUAAUAAAUUACGAUUAA